CCCUUGCUCAACUGACACUGAUGUCCAGCGUGGACAGGAGCAGGAGGGCAGUGCUGUGAAAGCAACAGGAAGAAGAGGAUCAUUCCUGUAGCAUCAUUCUUCUGACCACACAUACACAUGGGCAAUAACAGCAGCUCCACAGUGGAUGAUCUGCAGGCUGUUGAGAUCCACCACUGGUACAAGAAGUUCAUGACGGAGUGUCCUUCUGGACAGCUGACAGAGCAUGAAUUUAAACAGUUCUUUGGGCUUCGAGGGCUGGACCCAGAGGCCAAUGAAUACAUCGAGCAGAUGUUCCGCACGUUUGAUAUGAACAAGGAUGGAUAUAUUGACUUCAUGGAAUAUGUGGCUGCUCUCAGCCUUGUCCUCCGUGGAAAGAUGGAGCAGAAGCUGCGGUGGUACUUCAAGCUCUAUGAUGUCGAUGGCAACGGCUGCAUCGAUCGACAUGAGCUGCUCAACAUCAUUAAGGCUAUUCGAGCUAUUAAUGGUGGUGACCAUGAAACCAGUGCAGAAGAGUUCACCAACCGAGUCUUCAACAAAAUUGAUGUGAAUGGCGAUGGUGAACUUUCUUUGGAUGAAUUUGUGGAGGGAGCAAGGAAAGACAAGGAGUUCAUGGAGGUUAUGAUGAAAAGUUUGGACCUGUCACACAUUGUGGCAAUGAUCAACAACCGUCGGCACAGCGUAUAGAUCAAGCUGGAAGAAAACACCGUACCAAGAGGCAGAAAGGUGUGCACACAACAGAAAAGAGAGACAGCAUUUUAAGAAACUAUCAAAAGUUCCAUGAACACUUACAUGGCAUCAAGAACAGAAAGACUCUGCUAUAUUUGUAUAUCUGAGUGUGUGUUCCUAUACAAAUGCCAAAGCUCAGCCCCAUACAUGCAGGGCAGGUUCAGAAAAACUGCAUCUGGGUGGCAGCAUCUGACUUGACUUCCUAAAAUUUGAAGGGCAAGCUUCAGGGCACAAAUUUCCACUUUAUUCUGUGUCCCAAAUUGUCCCUUUGCAAGGGACUAAAAGUAACGCUAAGUUUGUGAA